AUGGUAGGACUGGCAGGAAAUACGAAGCUGAAACCGAGAAGACACGAGGUUUGCGGCGAUGUUCCGGCGGUUGCCGCGCGCCCAAGCGCGAGCGACCCGGCCGAGGCGGGGACCUUACUGAAAGUUUCUUUCCGGAGGAACCCACAUCUUAAACACAAAUACCUCGAGGCAGAACCCAAGAUUUUAGGGGUACACCUGAAGUUGAUGUUCAAGGGGAACGCAAUAGUCUCAAACGCAUCUAGGGCUGAGGGAUUUUGUUUUGUUUUGCUUUGCUUCUUCGCUGUUUGCAGAUUGCCGUUUUAUUUAGUACUAGCUGAAUCGAGUAAUAGCGUAAUGCUGGCGUUUUCAUCUGUUGGCAUUAUUUCUGGCAGUUUGGCCAUAGCAGCACAGAAGCUUCACUUGCCAACACUUAAGGCUUGUUUGGGAAUGCAGGUGGUCACAUGUAUGGCAUAUAUCUUCUGUCUUCUGGGAACAUUAACUGAGCUAUAUUUAUACACCGUUUGCUUCUGGCAUCACAUCAAGAUGAAACAUGGAAACACAUGUAUACAAUUGGAGAUCAGUUGGAUGGCUAGAACUGGUUUAGCACCACAAGGGAGAAUUAUAGAUUAUUGUAUGCUUUUAAUGUUGUGUCUGAUCAGUGUAUAUUUAUGGAUUGUUUGCCCUCUUUUUUUACAGAAGGGAUAUGCUGUACUGUGUUUCUUAGAUGAGCUCACAGAUGUGACUCAGAUUGUCCUCUCCCUCACAAUAGCUGCAUACUGCUGCAAGGCGAUUCCUUGCUGCUCUUCCGGAUCUAAUGUGGUAAGCAAUGUUCAUUUUAUAGACCAUGCACAGUUCUCGAAUGUAAACGGUUUCUAUUUUUUAGCCCAUCAUCGUUAUGGCGCCAACCACGGAUACGCAAUGAAAGGGAGAGUGUGUGCACCUUAAGGCUAAUAAUACUAAUAUAACUCGAUCUUAGAACACAUUAUGAGAUACUAAUACAUUAUACCAUAGUCAAGCUUAUCACUGAUAUAGUUUUAUUCAAGUAUUUUGAGAGCAUUAAAACAUCUAAUCUUUAGUCCUACCAAAUAUGCAGACUGUAUACCUAUUUCUGAAUUAACAGGAAUAAUGUAUAUUUGCAAUAUGAAUUAAUAUUUUAAUCAGCUUUACAAUACAGCACAUAAAACUUAUACUGUAUGUUUUCCGAUUCAUGUACUGAAUUCACUGGUGUAUGGACAGUGUCAAUACUUAAAUGAAAGGUUAUUAAAAUUGAAUAAACAAAAGUCUUUUUUUACUCGCCUCCAAACCCAUUUCUUUCAUCCAUGGAAGAAUGAAGAAUGCUGGGAACCCAAGUAAAUUGGAACCCACUGACUUCUAUUGUACAACGUAGACCAAAAAACAGCUUGGAACAAUGUUGUAAAAGUGUAUGACACUUAACAUAAUAGGGUUGUGCAUUAUUUUGAUGUGGAAUAUUGCUUUAAGCCAAUGGGGAAAAC